UUCCUUCACUCGGUGGACAGUUCAGAGGCAGCAGUGAGCUCUAACUCUCUCUGCUCGCCUGUUAUUUCUGCAACUCAUCUCUUGCUGCGCUGCGGCGCUCUGACCUGCAAACACAGACUGAUCCAGCACAAGGCGGGGGAAGCUGCAGCAGCAGCACCUGACUAACCCUCCACCAACACUGUCUCUCCCUCCAACUCCCCCGCUUGCCUGACCCAGGACCUCGUCUCUGCUGCCGCCAUCUCAACCACCGCUGCCAUCAUGUGCGACUGUUUCCACCUGGCCUUCCCCAACUGGCAAGCUGCCUCGUCAGGAACGGGAGCUGGUCGAAGGCUGAGAGGACCAGAGCCUGGUACAGAGGACGAAUCAAUAUCUGAUGAGCCACCUGCGUUCACAGAGGAAGAGAGACCACGCCCUCAAGGAUCGUCUCCCGUCGAAGAAUAUCCUGAAUCUGAAAAAUACACAGACAGUGACAAAGAGGGUGCAACAGAGCAUGACUCACACCACAAAAGUGGGAGUGUAAAGAAAAGCAAACUCUCUGGGCUUGGGUCCAUGUUUGAAAAGUGCUCGACUCCAAAGAUGAGUAAACUGAAGGAAGCUCACAGCCCUGAGUCUGGGGUGAUAGUGAAAACAGCCAAAGAUGGCUCUGCAGAAGGUCUAAUUUAUGGUGGAGGGGGGAAAGAGGGACUCUUCAUUAAGGAAGUGGUACCAGAGUCACCAGCCUCAAAAAGCCUGAAGUUGAAAGAAGGUGAUCAGGUUCUGAGUGCCACUGUGUAUUUUGACAGCAUGCCAUAUGAGGACGCUGUUCGGAUUCUGGGGCAUGCUCACGCUUACAGAGUGAGGCUCUGUUUGAAACGCAACCAAAAAAGCACAGAGACUGAACCUGGCAUCGAUUCUGACACUAUCCCUGAAGAAGAGCUCGACACUCCAGAGAUGAGAGAGCAAGGAAAAACCAAAAGGCAUGGAGAUGCACGUAUUUCGUGGCCCAAGUUCCCCUCUUUUGGAUCAGGACAAAAGUCCCGUUUUACAAGGUCUCACAGUUCCUCAGAGGCUGAUGAGCAGAAGAAACUGGAGCUCAGCCCAACCACAAGUGACACAGAGUCACCUAUAAAAUCUCAGGAUGCUCUCAAAGGCAAAAAAAGGUACAAAACAAAAGCUACUGUUCCAACAAAGAGAGACCACAUAAGUUCACCUGAAGACCAGGAAACAGAUGCACCAACAACUGGGCAGAGCAGUGACGACACUGACCACACAGUAGACAUGCAGGAAACACCUGACGUCUGUGUGGCAAAGGACCUGAAAAGAGUGGAAGACUCAAGAGCUGAGCAAAAUGAUCAAACACUUACUGAAAAUGUUCAGCACAAGGUGAAGAUUAGUGUAAAGAGCAUUAUGAAAACAGCAGAUCUAAUUGUGCCUCUGGGAGAUCAAGAAAGCCCCUCUGGCAUCAAGUCUCCUGAUGAGAAAAGAAAAAACAAAGAAAAGUCUGAAUUAAAAGUGAAAAUUUUAGGGAAGGAUAAAAAAGAUGCAAAAACAAAAUCCUCACCAAAAAGACUAAAAACACUAGGUGCAAGUACUGAAACGGAGGAUCAAUCUGGAAAAUAUGACGUCUUCCCAAGUUUGGAGUCACACAAAGAACCAAAGGGAGAUCAACUAACACUUGAUGCUGAGCCUCAAAUAAUCAGCAGUGAGAGUUCAACCAUAGUUCCACAAAAAUCUGUGAAAAUGAGUGUACCAAAGGUGGAACUUGAUAUAUCUGAUGUCACAUUUUUACAAAAAUCUCAGAAGAAAGGUGAAGAAAAAACAAGGAGAGGAAAGGACACAAAACAAAAACAGGAAACCAAGACAGGACCAACAUAUAAACAGCCUAAAGUAGACCUGAGUGAAAUUGCUACUGAGAGAAUUAUACAAGAAAAGAAUGUAAAUGGUGAAGAAUGUACAGCUAAAACUGAGCAGAUUACAACUGAGGAGACAGGGGCAAUCGAAGACCCUUAUGACAGACUGUCAAAACGCAGUCUUCCAAAAACAAAACUUCCCAAACGUGAAGACAUUGAGAUUCCAGGUAUGGAAGACAAGUCUAUGAGGACCAAAGACAAAGUCAUUAAAGAGCCUAAAACUGUUUUUACAGGACAGAAUUCUAAUGAAAUUCAAGCUGAAACUGUACAACUGUCAAUUGAUGUUGACAGUGUGAAAGAGGCAGUUUCAAAAUUGCCUGGAUAUAAGCUACCUAAGGUUGACACAUAUGGAAUGCCUAUUCCUGAGGAAAUUACUGUGAUUGAUGCAAAUGCACAAAGAAUAUCAGUGAAAACACCUACUAAAGUUGUAGAUGCUAAAACAAAAUAUGAGACACAUUUCACAAAGUUUGACAUAAAUGCCUCUCCAGAAAUCUCCAAGACUAUGGUCAAACUACCAAAGAUCACACCUGCUGAUUUAACUUUAGCUGAGGAACCUUUAACUGAAACAAAGGUAGGUUUGAUAAAAACUGAAAAGGACUCCAAAACUAAGCCAAAACAAAGUGACAAAGAAAUUAAAACUGAGAUGUAUAAACAAGACAAUAUUACAAUACCUAGCCAAAAAAGUGCACAAGAAAGAGCCAUUCUUCAGCCACAAGAAACUGACCAAACAGAACGCACAAAGGCCAUCGCAUUUGACUAUGAACCUGUAGUUAAACUCAGCCAAAAAAAAUCAGAUAAAAAAUCAAAGGAGAAGAUAACAAUGCCUAGUGUUGAAAUGGCAAAACCAGAUAUAAAAAUCCCGGACAUUGGAAUUGACUUGCCAAAACAAUUGGUCUCUGAGCAAAAAAAAGACACAGUUAAAGAAGAAAGGAUUAUAUUGGUCCCAGAAGUAAAAACAUCAAAAAGUGGACCAAAGAAAACCAAGGGGCAAACUGGGGAAGUCAUAUCUGAUUUCAAAAUGCCUGAACUUGAGAGCAUUGAAUAUAUUGAUUCAGAAGGUGGUUCGCCAGCCAAUAAAGUGGAUGGUGUGAGGCUUACAAGUUGUGAAGUUACUCUUGAUGCUACAAAGUCAAAACCUGAGAAGUCCAUUCCAGCAAUAAGAGGUGAAGUAAAAGAUACUGAAGCUGAAAAGCACUUGAUUAAACUGCCCAGAUUUGAAACUGUUACUCCAGAUAUCAGCAUAAAUGUGCCCAAUGCAGAGGUAAUCACUGAUGGGGCAGAGAUGAAAACACUUGAAAGACAGGGGAAGGAUGGUACAUUUAAAAUGCCAAAUCUCAUCAUUUCCAUGCCAAAGGAAAAAGGGCCUAAAAUUGAUGUAAGCCUUUCAAAAAAGAAUGCAGAUUACAAACUACCAGAAGUCCAUGAUACUGACAUUGCUCUUAGAAGUGUAGAUGUUUCUAUUCCAGAGCAAAUGAUAGUCAUCAAAAAACCUGAAUUGCAAACUAAAUCUCAGCAGAUUGAAGGUGAGCUUGAAGGACAAGGAAGCAAGGAUAAAAUGCCAAAGACUGCCAUGAAAAUGUCAAACUUUAAAGGGCAUGAAUUUGAUUUGAACUUAUCCACAAAAGAUUCACAAAUCACACUACCAGAGGCUAAAGCUGAGGUCAAACCUCUACAAGCCCCUGAAGCUGACGUUACUCUUGGAGGUGUAGAUGUUUCUAUUCCAGAGCAAGAGAUGGCCAUUGAAGAACCUGAACUGGAAAUGAAACCUCUGCAGAUUGAGGGUGACCUUCAUGGACAAGGAAGCAAGGUCAAAAAGCCAAAGUUUGCCAUCAAAAUGCCAAGAAUAAAAGGACCCAAAUUUGACUGGCGAACCUCCCAGAAAGGUUUAGAUGUGGCACCACAAGAAACCAAGGCUGAAGUCAAACUCCCAGAAGUCCAGGAGACUGACUUUACUCUUGGAAACAUACCUGUUUCUAUUCCAGAGCAAAAGAUAUAUGUUGAAAAACCUGAACUGGAAAGUACCACUACAGAAGUACGAGAUAUGGGCAAAGGCAUCAUUACUGAAGGGGUUCCUGCAGUAAACACUGAAGCACCCAGCAUCAAAUGCCCAUCAGUGGAUAUAAAAACUACAGGAACUGAACAUGACGAGAAAGGAAGCAAGUUCAGACUGCCAAGUCUUGGAUUUUCUGUGCCCCAAGGCAAAGGACAUGACACUGAUUCAAGCUCAACAAAGAAAGAUUUAGAUGUGGCACUACAAGAAACCAAGGCUGAAGUCAAACUUCCAGAAGUCCCUGAGACUGACAUUACUCUUGGAAACAUGCCUGUUUUUAUUCCAGAGCAAAAGAUAUAUGUUGAAAAACCUGAACUGGAAAUCAAACCUGUGCAGAUUGAGGGUGACCUUCAUGGACAAGGAAGCAAGGUCAAAAAGCCAAAGUUUGCCAUCAAAAUGCCAAGAAUAAAAUGGCCUGAAUUUGAUGUGAGCUCCUCCCCAAACAAUUCACAAAUCACACUACCAGAGGCUAAAGCUGAGGUCAAACCUCCACAAGCCCCUGAGGCUGACGUUACUCUUGGAGGUGUAGAUGUUUCUAUUCCAGAGGCAGAGAUGGUCAUUGAAGACCCAUCAGCUGAAGUGGAAGCCAAAGCUCCUGAGAUCAAAGUUGCGACAAAGGAUACGAAAGGAUCCCCAUCAAAAUGGAAUAUGCCGACAGUGAAAUGGCCAAAAUUUGGAGGUGGCACUCCAAGUACCACUACAGAAGUACCAGAUAUGUGCGAAGGCAUCAUUACUGAAGAGGAUCCUGCAGUAAACACUGAAGCACCCAGCAUCAAAUGCCCAUCAGUGGAUAUAAAAACUACAGGAACUGAACAUGACGAGAAAGGAAGCAAGUUCAGACUGCCAAGUCUUGGAUUUUCUGUGCCCCAAGGCAAAGGACAAGACAUUGAUUCAAGCUCAACAAAGAAAGAUUUAGAUGUGGCACUACAAGAAACCAAGGCUGAAGUCAAACUCCCCUGUGCUGAACUUAAAGAACCAUUAGCUGAAGUGGAAGCCAAAGCUCCUGAGAUCAAAGUUGCGACAAAGGAUACGAAAGGAUCCCCAUCAAAAUGGAAUAUGCCGACAGUGAAAUGGCCAAAAUUUGGAGGUGGCACUCCAAGUACCACUACAGAAGUACCAGAUAUGUGCGAAGGCAUCAUUACUGAAGAGGAUCCUGCAGUAAACACUGAAGCACCCAGCAUCAAAUGCCCAUCAGUGGAUAUAAAAACUACAGGAACUGAACAUGACGAGAAAGGAAGCAAGUUCAGACUGCCAAAUCUUGGAUUUUCUGUGCCCCAAGGCAAAGAACAUGACACUGAUUCAAGCUCAACAAAGAAAGAUUUAGAUGUGGCACUACAAGAAACCAAGGCUGAAGUCAAACUCCCCUGUGCUGAACUUAAAGACCCAUCAGCUGAAGUGGAAGCCAAAGCUCCUGAGAUCAAAGUUGCGACAAAGGAUACGAAAGGAUCCCCAUCAAAAUGGAAUAUGCCGACAGUGAAAUGGCCAAAAUUUGGAGGUGGCACUCCAAGUACCACUACAGAAGUACCAGAUAUGGGCAAAAGCAUCAUUACUGAAGAGGUUCCUGCAGUAAACACUGAAGCACCCAGCAUCAAAUGCCCAUCAGUGGAUAUAAAAACUACAGGAACUGAACAUGACGAGAAAGGAAGCAAGUUCAACCUGCCAAGUCUUGGAUUUUCUGUGCCCCAAGGCAAAGGACAAGACAUUGAUUCAAGCUCAACAAAGAAAGAUUUAGAUGUGGCACAACAAGAAACCAAGGCUGAAGUCAAACUCCCCUGCGCUGAACUUAAAGAACCAUUAGCUGAAGUGGAAGCCAAAGCUCCUGAGAUCAAAGCUGUGAAAAAGGAUACGAAAGGAUCACCAUCAAAAUUGAAUAUGCCGACAUUCAAAUUACCCAAAUUUGGAAGGCUUAAUCCACAGGUCAAAGUACAUGAUGUGGAAAGAGCUGAUUUAAAUUCACCAGAAGUAAAGGCUCAAGUGAAACUUCCUGAUGUUGAACUCAAAGAGUCUGCAACUCCAUUUUCUGUGUCACAGGCACCACCUAUAGAGGGUGAUGCAAACUUGAAAAAGACAAGCUGGACAUUGCCAAAACUGUCUUUUUCAAAGCCAAUUAUUAAGACCUCUGAGGGUGAUGUCAACCUUGAUGCCCCAAAAGCUGAUGUUCCAGAUCUUUCCAAAGCAGCAUUAUUGGAUUCUGAAACACCAAAGACUGAGAGGGAUGGUGUUGGUCGUGGAUCUCCAAGUAAAUUUGAACUACGAUCAAUUCAGAUGCCAGAUGUGACUUUCGGAAUACCCGGACUUGAAGACGACAGUGUCUUUCUUGAAACUAAAAGCAAAGAAGCGAAUAUAAAGCAAGAUAUUAAAAGUCUUGAGAGGACGGCUAUGUCCAAACCAGCCACAUUGGAUUCUAAAACACUAAAAACUGAGAGGGGCGGUGUGGGUCGUGGAUCUCCAAGUAAAUUCGAACUACGACCAAUUCAGAUGCCAGAUGUGACCUUCUCAAUACCCGGACUUGAAGACGACAAUGUCGUUCUUGAAACUAAAAGCAAAGAAGAUCAGCUAGAAAAGAAAGUUGAGGCAAAAGAAGAAAGUAAAUCAACAAAAUCAAGUUUGAUGCCAUUUGGUAAGCGACUCAACAAAACUGAUGUUGAAAUUGUAGAUUUGCCAGAGACUGAGAAAAAGGAAGCGAUUAUAAAGCAAGAUAUUAAAAGUCUUGAGAGGACGGCUAUGUCCAAACCAGCCACAUUGGAUUCUAAAACACUAAAAACUGAGAGGGGCGGUGUGGGUCGUGGAUCUCCAAGUAAAUUCGAACUACGACCAAUUCAGAUGCCAGAUGUGACCUUCUCAAUACCCGGACUUGAAGACGACAAUGUCAUUCUUGAAACUAAAAGCAAAGAGAAUCAGCUAGAAAAGAAAGUUGAGGCAAAAGGAGAGAGUAAAUCAACAAAAUCUAGUUUGAUGUCAUUUGAUAAGCUAAUCAAUACAAUUGGUAUUGAAUUUCCAGAUCUGCCAGAGACUAAGAAAAAGGAAGCAAAUAAAAAAGAUACUACCAAAAGUCCUGAGAGGACAGGCUGGUUUAAAUUUCCUGAGUCUGGACUGUUCUCAAAAUCAGAACCUCAAAAAGUUUCUAAAAAAGAUGAUCACAAAGAUAAAAAGAGUCCAGGGGGGGAAAUAGGACUUGAAGAAUUAAGCCCCUCCAGUUCUGUCCAGUCAUCAGAUGCCUUUGCUGAUAUUAGCUCACCUAGAUUGGAAUCUGGAAAAAUGCAUGUCAUCAAAUCAAAUAUACAAGUCACCCCAGAAGCACAUCAUGCCAAGAUACUAACUGCUGUCCAGGUUCAGUCAUCUGGCGACCUUCCCUUAGAACCUGAGGCUAAAACAGCUACGUCAUGGACUGUCGAAGACUCACAAAGUGGCAAGAGAACAGUCGUCGAGAAGCACUUAAUAGGGGAAAUAUCUAGCGAGAAAAGUGAAACAGUUGUAACUAAACAAAUUCCACACAGGCCUAUAGUUGAGUCUUCUGAACCCAUUUCAGGUGAAACAGCCUCAUCUAUACAACGACUGAGAGACUCUGUCCACUCUGAGAAAAUGAGGUUCUUUGAUGGAGCUGAGAAGUGAAACAGCUCAAUCUAAAUGUCUAAAAGAUAUAAUACAAUCCCUGGAUUGUAGGUUGUGAAUUUCACUGGUCAUAGCCAGGUGACAGGAAAGUGAGAGAGAAAACAUGUUGCCAACUGGAAAAGCUUGUAUACCUUUAAAAGAAUGUGUCAGUGUUCAGUUGUCAGCUUCAGUCUCUGGUUGCAUGCUGGUGACUUAUACAGAGAAGGAUUCAUGUAAAUCUCACUGACAGUGUAAUCAAAUUGUUAAGAAGCGGUGUAACUGAGUGCCCUUACUGCAAAUUAUAACAGGUUUUCACCAAAUAUUCUUGCUUAUUAUGGUACAGAACUGAAGUAAGCCAUGUCAUUUGCUUAUCAAAACUCAUCAAUAUCUUUGUUGUUUCAUAGUUUUUAAUGUACAUUAUUAACAUGAGUUACUUGUGCACUUGUUUUACAAAAUGAUAAUUACCAGGGCAGUUGAUUUAAAAAUGGUUGAUGCAAAACUCUGAACAAGACUGUUCACAAAUUUAAUCAGUUACUGACAUUCCAAAAAUAUGUUUACAAUAAUUUCAUUGUAAAAUUGAUAGAACACCUAUAAUACAACAGUGCAGUAUAUAACAGAAAAAUAUGAAUAUUAACAUGUAUCACCAAACUACUUAUUCUUGUUGCUGUAGCUAAAAUGUAAAGAAGUAAUAGCUAAGCAAAGCCGAAAUGAAAUGCUUAUGAUAAAAGACAGCAGGUGUACUGCUGCAGCUGUAUUUUUCUUAAAACUUUGCUACUCAGAACCUGAUUUGCAAUGGUAAAAAUAUGCUAAUAGUAUGUUUUCUUUCAACAUCACUGUACAAAUAUUGAACUGGCUGUGUAAAUAGCUUUUAAUUACUUCUAGAAUUUCAUUUGAUUAUGCUCCUGUUUGUAUUCUGAUAGGCGUUAACCUGACAUGUUUGCAAAGUUACACACAAUAAAGAAUA